CCUAAUCAUACACAUCGUAAGGCGAGUAUUUCAAAACAAAUCAAACAAUUAGGAUAAAACUUUCUUCUUACAAAAAGGACCCUAGAGGGCAAACAAAACCAAAGACAAAGAGUGACCAAAUUAAAGCUUAGGUAGAGAGAGCAGAGCACACAGCAUCUGGAUCCCCUUCCCUUCCCCCUUUACCCGUGUUCCUCCUUUAAAGCGCAAAAUCAGAGUCCCUUCUCCUUUACUGUUGUCGUCUAGAAUCCAAAGCCCUCGCCCUCUGGUUACGUUGAGCAGGAAGCCAGCCACAAGUUCCCCCCGGCCCGAGGGAGAAGGAUCCAAAGGAAUUAUCUCUCCCCUCUUUGCCCAUCAUCAAGUGAGGGACCAGCUGAGAAGCUUUCUGCUGCAUCAAGAGAGAGACUGAAACAGAGGCGGAUCCACAUUCCCCUCCCGAGGAAAAUGCUCUGUUCCACGGCGCCGGUGAUGGCGACCAAGCUGCUGGCCGUCUACGCAGCAUUUCUGACAAUUGGCCUCCGGCCAACGACGUCAGCCAGAGAAUUGCGCCCGUCGUACCACGGGCUAGGGUACUACCACCAGCAGCAGAGCACUACUUCUCCAUUUGUGAGGCAGAGGCCGUCGCCGGAGAUGAAGUCGUUCUUCAACGUGCCACCGUCGCUGAAAUCCUCAUCGUCACCGAGCUCCUCCGUCGCUUCGCCGUCGGUGGGGCUGCCAAGGGCAAUGAACACGAGCGACGAGGCGUGGUGGCGGAGCGUGAGCGGGUGGAAGUCGGAAGAUCGGGUGAGGAAGGCCCUGCUGAUCGGGAGCGUCGCGUGCGGAGUCGCCGGCGUGGUUCUGCUGGUCGCUUCCAUCGCCGUCUAUCUGGUGAAGCGGCGAGCACUGAGACGAUCGUCGGCGGCGGCAUUAAUGGGUUCAUCAGCAGCUCCCAGUACGACCAAUUCCACCCCCAACAACAACAUCAAUGUUUCCACCCUCGCCAUUGUCCCCAAACUCACCACCGAUCAGAAGUAAUUGUUUCAAUCACUGUUUUAACCUCUGUAAUCGUCGCUGAAUUGAUUCGGGUCCACUGUACAUGUUUGAUUAACAGAAGAAAGUUUUAAUCUUUUUUGGUUUCUUAUGAUCCAUCUUCUUUCUAAAGGCGAAUUCAGUUACAGGUUCUUUCGGGUGAUGUGUAAGUGAGUUUAUUUCCUUAUCCGGUAAGGAAAUCAUAUAUAUUAGCUAAUAAUUAGUUGGUAUUAUUAGUGAACAGAGACUCAUAUUUGAUGAUUUGUCUCCCCUUGGCAUUGGCAACCAGUGGGAUUGUGGGACAGUUGGCCCUUUAAAUUAAGACCGUUCAGAGUU